AUGGACGGCGCGAUGACGUCCGAGCAGCCCACGUUCGCGCCGUUCUUCCGCAUCGCCGGUACCGGGUACGCGAUCGAUGAGAAGGGCACGCCUGAGUACAGACAAAUGAAGCACGGGUGGCAGAGCGAGUGGACGAUGGACGACGAACCGACCGAGUCGCACGCGCUGUCGAGCAACCCGGUGGUGAUGUACGACGUGCCGGAAAAUUCCCGAAACGCCGCGGACGUCAUCGCGGCGUGCGAGCGAGCGCUCGACGGCGAGCGCGUCGUGCGGGCGUUCGUGCCGCCGGGGCGCGACUUUGCCUUUGUCACAUUCGCCAGGGACGCCGGCGCGAAGGCGCUGUGCGAUCGAGGCGUCGCCUUCGACGACGGACGCGGGAACGCCAUCGCGUGCGCGUGCGCCCCCGCGAGAGUUCCGGGACCGGCGGUCGUGCGCUGGCGCGACGACCUUCGCGCGUCGGCGUCGGCGUAG